UUCUUUCAAAAUAAAACAGCAAAACUGAAUACGCCAUACUCUGCGAUUAUCAAUGAAGUGUGCUUUGUUUUUCCUUACAUAUGAGGCCAAAGCCACAACAUUACUGCCCUGCUCAAAUUACGUUGCCUUUUUCCGUGUAGGAUACUCCGUUUGUUAAGCCAAAAAGCAAGAUGGUAAAGAGUCAGAAUACCUACCAACAAAAGUUGCACGAGCUGGAAUAUGUUGACCUACAAAAGUUCGCCGCAGAUGUAAUUGACAAUGAUUCCCAGACCCUUUGGGUAUUCGCUUACGGAUCCCUUUUGUGGUACACAAAUUUCGAAACGGAUGAGCGUAUACUUGGCCAUGUGAAUAAUGUGAAACGAAAGCUGAGUCACGCUAGUUACAGAAUAGGUGACGAGAACUGGCCUGGACGAGUGGCAACCUUGGUUCAUGCUCCGGGCAAGCGUACUUGGGGCGCAGUUUACAAACUGACUAACAGGGCAAGCAAGAUUGAAGCGUUUCAUAAACUGCACGAUCGUGAAAUCGCCCAAGGUUACCGACUGGCCAUGGUCAAUUUUGUUCCAAUUAACUCCGCGGAGAUAAUUCGUGCGGCGGUAUAUGUCACUGACCCUAGUGCAAACCGCAGUCUGAUCGAGGUCACACUGACACGACAGGCCUACCAAAUAUUUUGUGCACAAGGGAUCAUCGGCCCUAACAGAACUUAUGUGUAUAAAAUUGCCGAUUUCUUGAAAAACGAAAUUCUCCCCUUGUGCCCGGAAGACCUAGAGGUGCAACAAGAUGAUGCAAUGUUGCUGACAAAUUUGAUCCAAGAAUUCGAGAGCAACAAGUAUGAAAUCAGUUCGGAGGAGGCCAAAAGCUCAAAGCCACAACUACUAGCCGUCGAAUAAUCUACAUACUUCCUUUCAGAUACUUUCUGACAUUUUUGCUGUAUCAGUUUGAAACUCUAAACUAUAUCCACGAAAAAAGUGCUCACUUUGUACUUGUGUCAACCGAAGUUCUAGCUACAAGUUCUGUGAUAUUUUACCUUAUCAUCUGCGAUUAAUUGUCCUACUAGACACUUUAUUUGGUCUAACAAUCGGUGUCAAAUUUGUUGGUGUAUUCAAUACAAUUACUUUCAUUUUCAGCUGCCUCACC